CACAGAUUUAGACACAAGUGUUGUGUUUAUAUAACAGUUGCCAACACUUUGCGCACUGUUUUAGUGAAUCUGAUCAUCAGUUUUAGUUGUGUUUAUAAGUAAGAAAUAAAAUAUAAUAUUUAAUAUAACGAUUAUAAUAUAUUGUGUGUAAUAAUCAAUUAAUGUUGAGAUGGACCAGGAAGGACCAAGAUUACAUUUUCUGGAUAAUCUGAACGCAUAUGUAGCUGGCGUCCAACUCACACCACAAUUCAUUGAAUAUUUGAGGAAACAUCCAUGUGCUCCCUAUUACUUAAAUGAUAUACUGCGUGAUUUCAACGGCACCUACACCGAGGCCCAUAAACGGCAAAUAUUCAGCCAGUUCACCACCGAACGAAGUAACUGUGACCUAUUGGCCAACAUUCUGGAAAAAGUAGGCCAACUCGAUAAGGCCGAUGAGUUACGCCGAUUUAACAGGUCCGAAGUACCAAUGCAAUAUAAAAAUGCCACAAAUCUGACCGUGGUCAAGGCACGUACCCUUCGCUCAGGUAAUACUCGGCACUUCGAGAUGGACUCCAACCCGAGGGGACGGGCCAUCAUAUUUCUAACUGAGCCCCGGGUCCGGAACGAGACAUUGCGCUGGAAGUCUGUAUUGAGUCAAAUAGACUUCGAGGUGGAAGUCCACGAAAAUGUAACCUGUGUUCAGAUGAGUGGUCUGUUGGAUACGGUGGCCGCCCAGGGAGUUAAGGGCAACGCACUGUUAGUUAUGUUUAUAGGGCACGGGUAUGAGGAAAAGGUGCUCGGAUUCAAUGAGUCCGAUGAGAUGGCCAUCAAAGAUAUUGUCGACAAGUUUUCAGAGAUAAAGUGCAUCAAGUCCUGGUACGACCCCACGUCCGGACUAACCUUAUUUGGACAGACACUCAGCCAUACAAUCGCACAGUUCGCUUGGUAUAAGCAUUUGACCGAGUUGGUCACACUGACACACGACCGGUUGGAACAGGAGUUUGGGGGUACGCCCGAUGAGUUGAGACCGGAAAUCCGACUGAACUCAGUGGGCCGACAGCUCUACCUAAACCCGGGUCUUUACAAAUGAGUUUUUAAAUAUUAAUAUAAUACAUGUUAUGGCAAUCAAAUUAAGUUUAUUUUUUAUUUUAAUAAAUAUUUCAUGUUAUAAUAAAGUAACAUCUCUAAAAUGCUA